AUGCCCCGGGGAAGCCUCGCUGUCUCCUUCCUGGGCGCACUCCAAGCCUGCGUCUCCGUAUUGCUGACCCUAUCCUACGGCGUCGCGGCUCGCAAAUUCGGCCUCAUCCACCGCAGCUCGAUCAACGAUGUUUCGGCGCUGGGUGUGAAGGUUCUUCUCCCGGCCCUGAUCCUCGUCCAUCUAGGCGAGCAGCUGCAGCUGGAUAAUGCGUUGAAUUACGUUCCUGUCUUGGUUUGGUCAAUAGCGUACACAACCCUCUCAAUCGCCCUCGCACGGCUAGCCUCGAAACUCCUCAGACUCCCGGCUUGGGUCACGCCCGCGUGUGCAUUCAACAACACAACCUCUCUCCCGCUACUCCUACUGGAGUCGUUGAAGAGUGUCGGCAGUUUGAAUAUGAUUAUCCAGGACGGCGACUCCGUCGCUGAGGCGAUUGCGCGCGCGCAGAGCUAUUUCCUGCUUUGUGGUGUCAUUUCCAAGACGAUUGGGUAUGCGGUUGGGCCGGCUAUGUUGAAGGGUGGGGAUGGAAACGAGGAUGGGAAUGGGAAUGGGAAUGGGAACGAUGAUAGAGGCGCCAACCACGCGGAUGAAGAAAUGCCGCUGCUGCACGGCGGCCAGGCUCAGAACCAAAAGUAUUCCGGUUUGGAUUUCUUCUCUGCAAGAAUGAAGCGCUGGGCUAGGGAUGUGGUGUGCGACUUCCCGAAACGCCUGAAGCAGAGUGUGAUCGCGCCGUUUGAUACCCCGAUGGCUGAUGUUGCUAUCAUCUGUACGCUUGUUGGUGCAGUGUUGGGGUUGGUUCCGCAGCUACACAAGGCAUUCUUUAAUACGUACGAAGAGGGGGGUAUAUUCAAUGCUUGGUUGACGUCGAGUAUCAAGAAUGUCGGAAAGCUGUUUACGACGCUGCAGAUUUUCAUCGUCGGGUGUGAGCUUGGGGUUAGUUUUGAGAAGAUGGACAGUGGCAAUGGUGGUGAUGGAGCCGGGAGUACGAGAUCGAGUAACCCGGGCGUCAAAGCGAUUCUGACGAUCUUUCUGAUCCGGCUUGUUGUUUGGCCUGCACUCGGUAUCUCAAUCAUCUACGGCCUCGCGCGAAAAACGUCUGUACUGCGAUCAGACCCCGUUCUCUGGUUCAGCAUGAUGCUCAUGCCGGCUGGGCCUCCGGCGUUGGUUAUUCAAGGACUCGCUGAGUUGGCCAAGGCUUCUGAGAGACAGAAGAUGACGAUCGCAAAGACGUUGACUGUCAUGUAUAUGCUCUCGCCGUGUAUUUCCUUCACGAUUACGGGGGCGUUGAAGGCGUCGCAGGCCGCGCUGGAUGGGCAGAGUACGGCGCGAUAA